GGACGGUCGCGCGUGAUAAGGCUCGCACUAUAGAAGCGCGUGCCUCUUCGUAUCGCGAUCGGUGCGUGUACUCUGAGGAGACUCGGGCCUUCCAGACACCGGGGGUCGUCAAGCUCCGCAGUGCGCGAUACAGAGGAGAAUUUUCGAUUACGGAGAUGCGUGUUGCCGUUUACUAUCGCGACAGUGACGUGGUGAUUCGUUCGCCGUUACGUUGUCGACGCGUGUAAAUCCCCGUAGCCCGUGGAAACGCAGUGACCGAAGAGAAAAGCAGAGAAAACACGUUCUCCCCUGUUUUUCUGUACUCCCUUUCUACCAGCGAUCGUUCUCGUCCGCAACGGAUAUUUCUCUACCAGGAUAAAUAGCUGGCUGUGAUCGCAACGAGUGAAAUUUUUGAUACCGUUUCUUGUGUGACUUGUAUAUAUAUAUAUAUAUAUUGUAUAUACACAUAUACGUAUAGGCGCGAACCGAACGGUUCGUUCGUUGGCUCGAACCGUGGUCGUCGCGAACCGACGGAAAUUUUGGAUUAUCCGUCCACCGUUUGGAGUUGUUCGUACGGUUGACGCAUCGUCGAACCGGCAGCGGCCAUGACGGCGGACAGCCUGUUCAAGACUACCAGCAUCCCAGGGCAUCUCGCUCCCACGCCCCAGAGACUGGAGAGGCUUCUCUCGAAACAGACCCUCGAGGAACUGUACGAGGUCGAGGAACAACCUUUCGCACGAGGCAAAUACGCAACGGUGAGGAGAUGUCGGGAAAGAUCCAGCGGAAGACAAUGGGCCGCCAAAUUCCUGCGAAAGAGACGAAGGGCACAGGAAUUAAGGGCGGAAGCGCUUCACGAGGUCGCGGUGCUGGAUGCCGCGGCGAAUUGUUCUCGGCUGGUGUCCCUUCAUCAGGUGUUCGAGACGAACGCUGAGAUGGUCUUGGUUCUGGAAUUGGCCCCUGGUGGUGAGUUACAAAUGAUACUGGACAGGGACGAAGUUCCAGAGGAGCGACAAGUCGCUAGAUUAUUGAAGCAGAUUUUGGAUGGUAUAGCGUUCCUGCACUCCCUGAACGUGGCCCAUCUGGACAUCAAGCCUCAAAAUCUCGUCCUCACCGGUGAGUUUCCACAUUGCGACGUGAAGCUUUGCGACUUUGGCAUCUCGCGGUACAUUAGCCACGGUGCGGACAUACGGGAGAUUCUGGGAACACCGGAUUAUGUUGCUCCGGAGGUGUUAAACUACGAACCGAUUAGCUUGGCAACCGACAUGUGGUCCGUCGGAGUGCUGCUAUACGUUCUGUUAACGGGAUGCUCCCCGUUCGGUGGCGACACGAAGCAGGAAACGUUCUGCAACAUCAGUCGAUGUAGACUGGACUUUCCCGACGACCUGUUCGAAGAUGUGUCCGAGGAGGCACGGGAUCUGAUGCGCAAGCUGAUGGUCAAGGAUCCAAACGAACGUCUAACCGUCACGGAGUGCCUCCAACACUCGUGGUUCAGCAUGUUCGACGACCCUCAACCAGAUCUCUCCACGAUCACCUGCCCGAUGUUGGAUCAGUCUGCGAACGAAACAACGACGAUAAAAACAACGACGUCGUCGCCUUCACGGGAUUCAAAAUCAUUCGCGAAAUCCGUUGGCACGACAACGGAACAGCCAGCCACAAUGUCGUCGACACCGAAAAACGACUCGGACAAACACACCCAAAGGUCUUCGAACCCGAACGUUUGCCAAGGCAUGGAGACGAAAUCGACGCGAGCCGUCUCCUCGCACACCGAAAACCUGUACUCCAAGUCAAAGUUAUCGGCGAAGCCUAUUCGAUUCGGUUUGAGCCCCGACCGUAGGGACACUUUCAAGAGGAACAUGGACUCGUUGGCGCAGAAGUUUUCCGGAACGGAAAUUGUGAUAAUCGAGCCUGCCUCCGCCGUGGGUGCGAACGUCGCGAGUAACGCGACGACCGUCACGCAAAGAAGGGCAACGGCGACGCACACAAUGCCCGCUGGGGAAGUGUUCAAAUGCACGCCUGUGUUCAUUCUAGGCGAGGAGCAGCACUGCAGCGACAGCGGCAGCGACACCGUGUCGGAAAUCUCGACGGACAGCUCGAGCGAUCGAAGCAGCAUCUAUUCGGACGAUUCCCUGGACUUUCUGAUGUUCGGGAAGAGUCAGGGUAGGGCCAGUUUUCCUUUCGCGGCGACGGAAUCCUCGUCGGACAGGUGGGACCAAAGGCAUCAUCAACAGCACCAUGCCAGGGUGUGGCCGAGAGAGUGCAACGGGGUUGUGAGCAAGGCACUCAGCCGAUUCACGUCCGAAACCUCGAGCGCAAAGAUCCCGAAACUCUCGAGCCCCCCGACGAUCCACGGAAAGACUGGUUUGGAAGCGCUUCGCGAAAGGGGUGGCAACUUGGUGGUGAUCCGCGAACCUGUCCGGGCUGGAAGGUACACCAGGUACAGCGAAGUACAGUGCGAAUCGGUGCAGGCACGAAUCAGACGAUUUCAGGUCCACGGAGCCUCGUAGAUCUAACGUCUGAUCUCUGAUUCUUGACCGGAAUCGGUUUCAUCGAAGCAGCCUCGGUCAUCAGCGGGCCUGGAGUCCCGAGUCCGCGAUCGUCCAGACAACCGCGGUGUCUCGUUGUACAUAUUAUAAUAUUUUACGGUGUACAGUAUAGUUGGAUGGUACGCGUUACGAAAAAUCGGUAUGG